AUGCGGAUGUUCCUAGGUCUCUUCAUCGGAGUCUCACACAGAUAUCUUAAACAUCAACAGGUUGCAAAACGACUUCUGGGCAAGGUUUUAAAACCCGCCAACGUCGAGGAGGCACGAUCUGUUAACUCGACCUUAUUCUCAGUCAACGUGCAAGGCCGUGUCUCCGAUAGCCGUACAUUCAAUAGCGCUGAACUCAACACCGAGUAUAUAUUCAGCCUUUGUACUCCUUCAUCAACCUUUAGCUUCUCGACAACAAGAGUGAACUUCUCAUUUGUAAGCUUCUAUAAUACAUCGGUGCCUGUACUGAUUGAUACAUGGAUGACGUGGGACGAGGAAAAGUGGAUCAAUCAGUAUGAUGUAACGUUUCGCUGGUGGGGCUUCUUGUUAGACGAGCUUCUAGAGAGCAUACAUAAGGACAAGGAAGUCGCAGAGCGCCUUGUUCUACAGAAGCUAGUUGCAUCCAUCUACGAUACGCACACGACACAUUGUACCAGAUCUAAUAUCCAAUACCCCUCACAGGACGCUUGCACGUCGUUCCUGCUCGGUGAAGUCCGCCUUAGUCAAUUAGGCUUACAUUAUAUCAUGCUUAAGUUCCAGCCAGAUGUGCAUUGCAGCCACAUCGGAAAGACUAGAGGAGGCAUGUGUGAAGAUGACCAGACGUAUGUGGGAAAGGUUACGGAGAGCUACUUUAAGAAUUCGCCGUGGAUCCUAGGGAGCGUAGGGAGGAUUGAUGGGCAAAGAUCUAGUAUGAAGACAUAG